ACGGAUAAUUAAACUGGACUUCUGUCUCUUUCACAGCAACCCGGAGUAAAUGAGGAGCUCUGAGAGAGAAAUCGUUCAGCUUCUGGACUCUUCUCUGCUUUUCUUGCUUUUUCUUCAUUGUAGUUUUGUUCAGCAGAUACAGGAGGAGGAGAAGGAGCCCGGGCUGUAAACGGGGCGGGACUGAGUUAGACUCAAGUCACUCAGUCUGAAGAACAGGUGAGCAGGUGAGAAGCAGCAGCAGCAGCAGGUAGAGAGAGAGCAAUACUCACAGUUUCUGUGGCGCGUUUUUUUUUAUUUAUUUUGUUUCGCUUAAUUAUCGCUUUAUAAAAAGACAGGCAGCUAUAUACAGAUAUUCUGCGGUUUCCUCUUUUAUUUUCCUGCUUCCUCCGAAUGGAUUUUAAAGUAUUAAUGAAAUUAAAGGUGAUUUAUCGUGGAUUUACAGUGUUUGAAGAAAAAAAAAACACUCUCAGCCUCACAAUGACCAACACUGACCAGACUCCCCCCGACCAGCACAGACUCUGAGGGGAAAAUACCCGGAUAUUAACACACCUAUUUCUUCAGCAAAUUAACUUUAAGAUGAAUGCAAAGAUCAUUCUAAGAGGUCUGCUGCUGCUCUGUGUGUGCCUCCUCUGCGCUCAGUCAGUGUCCAGCGGCAACCGAAGCUCCAGGGGGCAGACAGUCCGGUCUGAAGUGACCCCGGGGACGUGUGAGGUGGUCGCUGCUCGGCGCUGCUGUAAUAAGAAUAAGAUUGAGGAGAGGUCUCAGACGGUUAAGUGCUCAUGCUUGUCUGGGCAGGUGGCGGGGACUACCCAUGCUCGACCUUCAUGCGUGGAUGCCUCCAUAGUGCGUUUGAAGUGGUGGUGUCAGAUGGAGCCAUGUUUGGAGGGCGAGGACUGUAAAGUUCUUCCUGACCUCACCGGCUGGUCCUGCAGCUCAGGCAACAAAGUCAAAACCACCAAGGUGACACGAUGACACGGCAGUGAAAGGACAACAAGUCAACAGAUAAAGUGACACUAUAUUAUAUGGACACUGAAAAAGUGAGAACUCAUGGUGAUCAUAAAGCCCUACCAGUGUAGGUACUGCAGCUGGUCUGAAAUCAGUACUGCAAGUAUUGUGCAUAAACACAAAUACACGCACACACACACACAUAUACACACAAGCACAUAUAGAGUCUAUAUGAAGGACUUACUGUACAGUAGACAUACCAAAGCUAUUUCACACCAGCAGGUUAACAGCGUUUGAUGCUGCUCGCCGUGUUCUGAUAUAAGAAAUUCGUAACUGAUUUUUAGGUGUCUCUUUAUUUCUUGUGAAAUCCAGCUAUUGCACCAUGUGUGACACAUUUUUGGGUAAUACAUGAUUCUAUUACCGCUCUCCCCCUCUCGCUCUAAAGCACAGCCAUAUUAUAUUAAUUUGAGAUUAUGCUGGAGUUCAGCAGCUCCCCGCCAGGCCAUGUCUGCUGCUGCUGCUGCUUCUUCUGAGUUAUGACAUCACACUCGCACUCACAGUACAGCCUUUCUGACUCUGGCAGCCCUGAGACAAACAUGCAAAUGCUGAAACAUUGGCCUAACACACACACAUACACACACACCCACAAGCCCUUGUUAUUUUCUACCUGACUGGUUUGACACUUCAUCUGCAAUCCUGCGAAAGUUACUAUUCAUAGAAAUCUACUUGGUAUAUACAUGGAUAUUUAUAUGUACACUGAUCAUAUCAACCAUAACAUUAACACCACCUUCUUGUUUCUACACUCAUUGUCCAUUUUUCUCCACUGAGCACUUUGUAAUUUUAUAAUUACACUCUAAAGUCCUGUAUCUGUUUCUCUGCAUACUUUAUUAUCCUAAUUUCACCCUGUCUAUUCCUCGAUGGUCAGGACCCCACAGGAUCGCCCAGCUCACAGGUCAUUCUCAGCACUGCGGUGAGAGUGUGUUGUGUAUGUGCUGGUAUGAGUGGAUCCGACACAGCAGUGCUGCUGGAGUUUUUAAACACCUCAGUGUCACUGCUGGACUGAGAACAGUCUAGUAUUCUGUGAACACUAAUAAAUGAUUAGAGAAUGACCAACACAAACUGUGUAGCAACAGAAUGCAGUGCUUCUGUCACUGACUUCUGUCACUGAAGGUGGAGCAUCUAGGUGGGGGUGUCUAAUAGAGUGGACACAGAUAGGAGUGUAGUGCACUAUAGGCCCCCUUACAUUACUUUUACUUUUAUAUUUGAAGUAGUUUUGAAAGCAGUACUUUAUUUUGAGUAAAAAGCUUGAGUUAAUACUUUAACAUCUACAGAAAUAUUUUAAACUCUAGUAUAUUAUACUAUACUUCUACCUAAAAAAAUAAUGUCAAUACUUUUCACACCAUUGACUUUUAGGACUGGUGUGAAAAUAGUAUUAAGUUUUAGGUCAAAUUUAUGCAUAAAUGUAAACAAUUCUAGUGGGUUUCACUAAUUUUAAGCAUCACUCUACAGUGCUGUGUAUGUUUUGGAUUUCAAAAUUCAUUAUACGUCACUUUCAUCAAUAUUUAUUUGCUUUUCUUAGAAUAUUUAUUGUUGGAAGCCACUAUGAUUUUCAUCAUAUCACAUUUUAUAAAGAAAUUAUACUUUUUACAUUGUUGUUUUUUGAGUGUUUCUUUUCACAGCUUUAUUUUAGGUGGCUUUAAAAUAGCCAUUUUCCUGCUUUAUCUAAAAUAUUCUGAUCCACAACACUGUUCAGUUUUAAUCCUUUUUUUUAUUAUUCUGCCUUAUUGUACUUCUUCUUCUUUGGUUUUAAACAUGUGUAACAUCUCACACAUACACACCCACAUUCUCAACACUGGAGAUUAUUAUAUCGGGCUCUUUUUGGAAUAAAACUGUUAUUGCACAAUUUCCACAGCCUCCCUGAAAUACCUCCCUAGGUAGAUGUGGAAAUAUUCAAAUGAAUACAGUUCAUUUUUAAUGAUAUACAGUAGAACUCGGUGAGAGAAAGUAAUCGUCGUAAUUAGAGCCGCAUGAAAUUAAACACUUUUGACAUCCUUAAUGAUGUUAAUGGCUGCCCGUUGGAGCGCUGACACUUUCAAGAGUGAGCUGAAUUGAAAUUCAUCCCCCUCACUCUCACUCGGGAGCACUAUAGGUCUAACUCCUAUUUCUAAAUUAAUUCAAUUAGACGCCUUUAUCUAGUUGUCUACUGGAAUUUACGUUUGACAUGCCAUGGGAUUGUGGGAGAGCAUUAUGUAAAUUGAUCAUGAAGGGUUCCUUCAGUGGAUGGCUUAUGAACUCUCACACCUGUAUAUGUUGUGAGGUGUUACCUUGUGAGUGAGGUUGAACAUUGGUUAGUGUGCUAAUGGCAAGGCAACAUGAAUUGUCAGUUUGAACGAGGUCCAGGUUUGAGUGGGUUCCAGGUUGAUGAGACAUUUAUAGCCCUAUUUUAUCGAUCUAUUGGUGAGCCGUCAAAUAGAGGUCCGCACUCCCCACCCGUCAGAAUGUCUUACGGUGAGGGACAGAAUUGAACUGUUAUUGGCGGGAGCAGGAGUUUAAUCAAUCCAGGGGAUGCGGGAGUGGAACCACAUAUACAUGUAGAAA